CACUACGAAAAGUACUUAACAAGUAUGGAAUCUUGACUAAAGUAAUCCACAAGGUCUCAGUUCGAAUACUCAGCGGGAAACUAACCUCCAACGAGAUAAACCAACCAAGGCAGUUAUGCACCAAGAUUCCUCUAUUAGCGUUUACUCCGGUACAUAGUAGUGAAUCGAUUCUCGACUAAAGCAAUGGAUUCACCACUUCCAAUUUAGGGUUGAACUUGAUGCUUCUCUCGAUUCGAAAAAGUCUCAUGUGGUUGAGUGUCUACACUACGAAGAUCUCCAUCCUCCCAACUAGUGUGCAGAUAGUCUUGACCAUGCCAUAGUACCAGGCGAGUCAAGUGAUGAUGGGGCCCAAGUGCAUCGUGUAGACUCGUGGUCGGCCCAAAAUACUCGAGAAUGAUGUCUCCAUGAUUGCUCCAUGAUGAAGAGGCUCUCGAGGUUGAGUCAUCCUGUGAAGUGCUACCAUCCAGCAAAGGCUCAAAAACUCCUGAGCACGUAGACUCGGGACCCUGGAGUGUGUCAACAGCAUGUUCAGGAUCCUCUACUAGGGUCGGAAGUGGGUCGUCCUGGUGUGACCCGCAUGAGAAGUUUGCUCUCUAUACUCUGGUAGGCUUAUCGCCUCGUACACUUGGGGAUUCACAUCACAUGCGUAUGCAAGGUUCAUCAUCGUCUUAAUCCCGAUGUGGAGCCCCAAAUCCUAUGCUAGGGUGUCGUACCCGAUUGUAUUGAGGACUCCACCCAAACUAAAAUCCACAUAUGGACGCUCUCUCUUUAUCUUCUAGGUUGAACAUGCCUGAAGGUGGAGUAGAAUCCAGGCACAACUCUCGGUAAAUUGCCUCAUCGAGGCUGAGAGGGCCUAGCACCACUGGGGAUGAGCAAUGGCUGCUGAGAUCGCAGCGUGGCAAUGAAAAAAUUGAACAUGUCGAGGUCGAGGCGCCAAUGGGGUCCAAUGUACCCAUUUCCCCAUGACUCUAAAUGGGUCCCAUAGUCGGGGUGAUCCAUCCAGUAGUGGAUAUACUAAUGCAUGGAAUCAACCAUCCUGCAAAUAUACCAAGCAAUAAGCAUCAUAUGUGGAAACAUUUGUCAGACACAGCACAUUGGGGAGAAUUGACUCCCCCACACUUAAUUCCCAGCAUAGGUAACACGCAUACAUAGGCAUUUCACAAGGUCGAAUGACAAUAUUUAAGCUCUAUCAUCCCAAAAGCACACCAAGGAAUGAAAAUAGGUGUUUCAUAGAUCAUUAAGGUUGCAAAUGCGCUGCCUAGAUCCCUCAAUGACCACCAUUCAACAUGCACAAAAGUGAAUCAAGGCUAGACAUUUAAGCAUACACUUGGUAAGCAUAUUUCAUUCCUAACAUCAUAACAUGCCAAAUAUUUCCCACCAAGUCACAAAUAUCCAAUCAAUCACUUAAGAAAAAUGCAAUCAAUCAUCAUUCAACUAAUCCCUUGCCUAAUUUCAUCAUUCAUGAAAAAAAUUCCCAAACUCCUCACCUAAGAACCCUAGAUCCGAUUCUCCAAAACUGACUAAGUAAGAUUUCAAAACACACAUAGAAGCAUAAGUACGAUCGAAGAGGAAUGUGAGGUGGAGACGAGGGUGUCAAAAUUUGGUUGAAAAAGUGAUUGAAGAAGGUCACUGGAGCUUUGCCUGAAGCUAGAAAGAGUCUCGCCGGAGUAGUUCGCCGACGAGAAAAUCGAGCCCAAAUAUCCCCUCGGUAAAGGUGCGCCUAAGGGUAGAGUGAACAGAUAUGUGUUUGGUUUUUGGAUUGGGUGCCCGAAAGUAGAUCAAAUCUAUGGAAGACCGUAUGGAAAGACAAUUUCCGGUGAAAAGCUCUAAGGAUUCUAGCGAUGCUAUGUUCAUGUUUGAGCAAACAUCACACCCCUUUUAUACUGCUUGAGGGUCAGAAUCACGGUUUUGGUGUUGAUUUCACGGUCUCGGACUCUGAUCCUAACACGAAAACCUUGAAAUUACCACAAAUGGUGAGUUUUGAUUCGAGAAUCCACUCAAACUUGGACCAAAACACCAGAGUUGCACACGUCAAACUUUUUAGGGCUUUUCUUCUUUCUUGAUGAUACUGAUUCGGGCUCAUUUGUACAUCUUUUUACCCCCGCUUUCCUUAGUCGUUUGAGGCAUUUGCACUCCGGGAGGUUUGUUUUACGCCAAUUUUUGCCUUGUUUUGGUGUUUCUCAUACUAUGGCAGGUGGAACCAACCCCGAAGUUGAAAGUUGGACGAAAGGGCGAAAAAUCAGGUGAUAGGGUGAAAGCAGCAGCAUAUAACGUUGGAACCUGUGAGUUCACAAUCAUGGAGACCGUGAACUGGAGCCGCAACUCGUCAAUCGCCAGGCAUCCAGGGACAUUUUUGCUUUCACUGGACUCAAGCCAGUUCACGAUCGUAAGACCGUGAACUCAGGCCAUUGCCCAUGAACUCGACUAAGUGAUGCAGUGCGUUUUGACUUGAGAUUAGGGUACUUGCUUUCAGUUCACGAUCAUGAACUGGGAUAGUGAUCUGAGCCUGAUCUGGGUAUAAAAGGAGGCUUGAGCUGAAGGAGAAAAGGGGGAGACCUAGUGUGAUAAACUUCUUCUUCUUCUUCUUCAAAUUUCUAGAGUGAGAAAGUGACGAACCAAAGAAGAGAAGAAGCUAGGGUUUCAUCUUCAAGCAAGGAUUUGGGAAUUCCUUCCCCAAUGGAGGAUCUCUUCAACACAAGGAGCAAGGCUUGCAUCUCCAUGAUGGUUUUCCUUCUUCUCUCUUGUUUUUCCCUUCUCCUAGCUUGGAGUAGUCCCUUAUUUCAAUUGGGUGUUUGUAAACCUUAGCUACAAUUAUGUUAAUGUUUGUAUGGAAUGAAUGAUUUGUGUGUGGAGGUGUAUUAAUGUGAAUUUGGAGGUAUUUUCAUGAAAGAUUGUGUCGUGUGUUUACCUAUCAAUCUAUUUGCUAUUCUAACCUAGGUAUAGAGAAAAACCCUAUUCUUUGAAAGAGGCUUGUAAAGCUGGGUUUUCUUAGGCAAAUUUUGUCUCAUAUCUAGGUUAAUGUAGGCCAACCCUUCUUUGUUCGUAUUAGCACCUAUAGUUGGUUGUAAUUUGGCUGUCCAAAAUCCGAUUCAAGGGUAAAGUCUUGGCAACCCUUAGUCAAUAGGCCAAGAGAGCUACUUUGGUGGCUUGAAUCGAAUUCCCUUGUCAUAGAGACCGAAAGAGUGGCGUUUGGCUACUUGUUGCACUUCCUUACGGUUUACAACCACCUUGCCUCACGCAUCCAUUCGAUCCGUCAAGUCAUAAUUGCUAGCUGGGGGAGCAACCCCCGGGUGAAGCCUUCUCAAUUAGUGUCAUAUCCAUUUACUUUUCCAAAUGGUUUAGCAAUAGAUCGUUGUUUUCAAAAGAAAAAAUCGCUAGAUAAUGUUACAAACAAUCGAAGUAGGGGGAUAUGAACCGGCCCGGGUUGAUAUUUAAACAUAUUUGCCCUAUAUUGCACCCAAUUGAGGUUUAUACUUGGGCCUUAAUUGGGAGUUUUAUUAUGAUAUUCGGGACGAGUCAAGUUUUUGGUGUCGUUGGUGGGGAACAAACGGUUCAUUAUUUUGAAAAGAUUUUUUGGUGUUAAUCUAGCUUUUACUUUUUUCUUUUUGUGUUUGUGAAUCUUGCUUGUGUUAGUCGAGUUGUGGUUCUUUUGAGUGUGUGCAGGGAGGUGUAUGACCCGGAGUAAUCCGACACCUUUGGCACCAUUAGACGAGAAUCUAAACCACACUCUUCGACACUUGGCUCGUGAGAGGGAACUGGCGGUGGAUGUAAGGAGGAUAGAAAAGGAAAUUGUAGUUGAGGAAGGGUUUGAUUCCGAAGAGGAAGGAAGUGAAGCUAAUAUGUCGGAUAAUCAACCCGCUCCAGGUGGAGCGGUCACGGAGGAGCAACCAAGGACCAUGGGCUACUAUAUGGCCCCAAGGACGGUGGAUAUUCUACCCGCCAUUCAAUAUCCGCUUGUGGUUUCCAAAAAUUUUGAGAUCAAGCCCGCCCUUGUCACCAUGAUCCAAAACAAUGCCCUAUUUCAUGGGAUUAGCAAUGAGUCUCCAAGGGAGCAUGUCUAGAAGUUUAUCAAACUUGCGGGGAGUUUGAAGAUCAGUGGGGUUCUCGAGGAUGGUUUGAAGUUUAGGCUUUUCCCCUACUCUCUUAUGGGGAAUGCAUCUCGGUGCUUCAACAAUGGACCGACUCUAUCGAUCACCUCGUGGGAUAACAUGCUCAACAGGUUUAUGAAUCGGUAUUGCCCACCUUCAAAGAAGGCGGAGUGGCAUAAUAAGAUCUCCUACUUUGAGCAAGAGGAAGAUGAGACAUUGAGGGAUGCUUGGGAGGUACUCUGACUUCUUAUUCCAAUUCACACAUCAUGGAUUCGAGGAGCAAUUGCGGAUAUGACCCCACCCCAAGUGACCGAGUUUCUUCAAGACAUGGCAAGUAAAGGGUAUUCACUCACACAAAACUACACCGCACUAGAAAUCCCCUCUAGAGCCCAAGUUUUUAAACUCUAGAGGGGUGCAACAUAUGUAAAGUAAGUUUUAAUUAUCAACCGAGGCCGAUCCAUAUACCCCUACUUCAAUCGCUUAAGUUGUUAUCUAGCAAACCGAUUUUGGGUUUUAAAACCAAGAAAACUACAAACUAAACAAACAAGGAAAAGUAAAUAAAGGAUAAUUCUAACU